UUCAAUUCUUUUCUUUCAAGGCGACAUAGUAGAAGGAAGUUGGAAGGUAACUGCGGAAAACCGGACCUAUAUUUACUGAAUUUUUAUGAGUCAGAAGGCAGAAAAACCCUCACUGUCAGGCCAACGUCUGAAAACGCGGAAAAGGGAUGAAAAAGAAAAAUACGAUCCUACAUCGUUUAGGGAUGCCAUUGUUCUUGGUCUCAAUGAAACAGGUGCAGAUCUAGAGCAGGUUUCAAAGUAUUUGGACAUCACUGGAGCGAAAUUAAACUACAGACGGUAUGCAGAGGAGCUUUUUGACAUUCUGUUUGCUGGAGGACUCUUAGCCCCUGGAGGAACCAUAAUAGAAGAUAAAGACCCGGACUCAACAAAGGCUACACGAACCAAUGUUUGUGUUUUCUGUUGUGACGAAGACACCAAAUCACUCAAGGCCUUCUAUGAAGUUUUCAGCAAGUUACUCCGCAGGUACAAGUACCUGGAGAGAUCCUUUGAAGAGACUCUCAAGAAGAUUUUGAUGUUCACAAGAGGAUUCAAAAAUGAAGAAAAGACAAAAUUGGCAAAGAUCACAGGCAUCAUACUGGCAAAUGGUUUCUGCACACCAAAAUGCUUACAGGGACUGUUUGAAGAUAAUUUGGUUAAGGAAGGAAUAUCAUUGGAAUUCUCCACCUUGAUGUUUAGAACAUGGCUUGAAGAGAAAGACGUCAAUGCGGUCUUUGCCGCUCUAAAAAAGUCGCAAAUGGACCUAAGGUUGCUGGAGUUUUACCCACUGAACAAGAGAAGCUAUGAUGCGUUUGUUGCACACUUUGAGAAGGAAGGCUUACCCCAAAUGGCAAACAUUCUGAGAGCUCAGAAGAAUCAGGAAAACAGAAAGUAUUUACAGAAAGAACUCGGAGAGAUGGUGAAGUCUGAGGAAUCUCCUAAUGAGAUAAAAGCUUUCCUCUUGGAACAGAUGCAGAAAAAUGGCCUAGGCGAACAAGAAACUACCAUUCUGGUCUGGAAUACGAUAAUGGAUUGUGUAGAGUGGAACAAGAAAGAGGAACUAGUGGCUGAACAAGCUCUACGCCACCUCAAAGCCAACGGACAACUUCUGUCAGCCAUUGCCAAGACACCCAAGUCAGAACUUGCUCUGCUUGUAAAAAUCCAGGAGUAUUGCUAUGACAACAUGGCCUUCAUGAAGGUGUUCCAGAAGAUUGUUGUUAUCUUGUACAAAAUGGAUGUCCUGAGUGAGGAUGUAAUACUGAAGUGGUACAAGGAGGCUCACUCCACCAAAGGAAAAUCGGUCUUCCUGGAACAGAUGGCCAAGUUUGUAGAGUGGCUGGAGAAUGCAGAGGAAGAAUCUGAGGAAGAUGAGGACUAGUCAUGCAUUUGACAAUCACCAAACGAUGUAGUACUGUUACUGGCACAAUAUUUUAUCUGUAAAAUCCCUUGUGUGUUUGUCAAAGCCUUCAGUUAUCUCCCUUGAAAACAAAACGGUAGACAUUUUGUACAGAAUUGACGUUGGUAACUGUUUGACAAAGUCUAAAUACAAAUGUAUAUUAAAGAGAUUUUUGCUCUGAAGUGAAAUUAUUUUGCCUAAUACUAUUGACAAAGCUCAGGGUUGAAAUACAGACCAUAUUAUCAUCCUCUGACAAUAAAGAUGUUUUAUAAGUCAAUUUUUGAGUUUAAUCUCAGAUGAUUUGCUGUAAUAAUUUGUCCAUCUGAAAGUAGGUCAAGAACUACUUAACAUGAGCGAAUACAAUGUGGAAGGCACUCAGAUCAGUGAUGAAAGAUGACAUGUAUAUAUUGUACCCCAACUUUUUAUGAUAUGUAUUUUUCAGCAACAUAGUAAAAUUUCAAGCUAUUAUCAUUUCCAUUCUGUUUAAGAGUAACGUUAUAACCAGUCCAUCCAAUUGAAAUUUAAGCUUCAUGUUGUUUACUUUAGAUGUUUGCUCUGAAUGUUGUGCAUUUAAGACCUAAUUUAUUCUAAUGUUGAUGAUCUGGUUUAUCUGUCAAGCAUUUACAAAAUCUCUUUGUCCCAGUCAGUAACAAUACAAAUACUAAGGUAAUUUUUGUUCAUAAUAAAAGUGUUGUUCUUUUGUUUUAAUGUUGCCUAUCAAUACAUUUUGUGGUUUGUGUAUAAAAAGAACAUCUGAACUUGUUUUGAGGAAAUGGAGUCAUGAUCAUCAGUUAAAUAACUAUUCUUGGAUAAAUGAAGAAUCCAGUUUAUCAUUGUUCCAUGUAUAAUGAAACUUUACUGAGAGGGUUGUAUCUACUUGAUCGUAUCAGUUUCUCUUCACUCUUGAUAGUAAUAGCCUUCAGUGUUUACAUUAUGCUUUUGUUGUAGGAAGUAUUAUUUUUUUCCAUUAAAUUCAAAAUUUGAAUGCAUAUCAUCUUCUGCCCCAUCCUGAUUUUUUGGUGUAAUUAUUGGUUUUGUACAUGAUAAUGCAAACUAUGUUGGGGUAGAUGGCAGCAAGACACCAACUCAGACAUUUCCAGGAAGUGUACAGUAACAAGAACGGUCUUACCAAGUUAGUUACAGUCCAAACCUGGCAAUGUUUGUAAUACCAUUGAAUGUACAUUGAUAAUUUAUUCUGAUUCCUGAUAGUUUUACACUAGGUUCAGUGUCUUUGUCUAAAAGUGUUCCUCCUGAAAUCCUUUUUACCAAUUUACAUGCACAGACUUUGAUAAGCUUUGAAAAUGGGCAUUAAAAUUUGUAAUUUCAGUUUCGUUGUAAAGUAGGAGUGGUCAGUCCAAAGAUUCUGUAUAUAAAGCCAAGGACCCAGCAAUAAGAAAGUGAUUUGGGUUACUUGUACUUCAUUUGUUGACAGCAACUACAUGAACCUGCCUUUUGUAAGGAUGGUCAAGUAAAUAAUAAACUUUAACAAAAAUAAACAAGGCUGGUUUGUCUCUGUUGUGUACAGUGGAACCUCGUUAGAUCAGGUAAAUCAGGUAAAACAAUCUCUCUCCACCCAUCUCCAGGCACUUGUGUUUUGGACAGAUUUUCAUGCAACAUUUCAGUCGUCUUUUUUCCUUUGUGAAACAGCAGCAAGACAAGAGAAGUUUGUUAUGUAGGAGAAUUAGAUUUGUAAAUCUCUGGAUUAAUAAGGUAGUAAUAUUGUGUCCUCAUUUGAAAAAUAAAUGUUUUAGAGAAGAAAAAAAAUGGCAAAAAUCUGAAUGAUAGCUUUUGAAUAUUUGGCUUCACCACUUGCUGCAGACAAUUAGAUCUCGCUUCAUGAUCUCAUUCGAUCCAAAUCCAACGUCUAUGCAAGGGGAACAUUAGGUACUACCAUGACAAAUGUAUGUAUGGGAGUGUAUGUAAUAUUUUUGUAAAUUUCUAUGGAUCCUUUCUAUUAAAAUAUCAGUGUUAGAA